AUGUUUCGCCAAUCUCUGAGGAGGUGCGUUCGCAUCAGCGGCGCAACCUUUGCCACCCCGGCACUCCGAACAACGAGACCUGCCGCCCUCCAGUCGAUCGGGCAGUCUUCGCAAAGCACGCUUCGCGUACCCCUCAGCAUUAAUGCAUUCAGGCUCUAUUCUAGCGAGUCCGCGAACGCUGCGACUGCGCCGGCCGCUGAGGAGAAUGGAAACGCCUCGGGUAUGACGACAAAAUUCGAAGAUUUGAGCAAGUUGGGCGUACACUCCAGCCUUGUCGACACCAUCACAAAAACCAUGAGGUACGAGGACAUGACAGAUGUCCAGAGCAAGACCAUCGAGCCCGCACUCAAGGGCAUGGACCUGGUCGCCCAAGCAAAGACAGGUACCGGAAAGACCCUGGCAUUCCUUGUUCCCAUUAUGCAGAGGAUGAUUGCGGCGGACCCGUCGCUCGCAACCAGGCGCGCGCGGUACCAGGCCAGCUCCAGGGAUAUUCGUGGAAUAAUCGUCUCUCCUACACGUGAGCUCGCUGAGCAAAUCGCCCUCGAGGCCGAGAAGUUGUGCGCGAAGACGGGCCUGGUCGUCCAGCGCGCCGUUGGUGGAACACGAAAGGGCGAGAUGCUGCAGAAGACCCGGAGAGAAGGUUGCCACUUGCUCGUCGGUACACCCGGACGUCUCAACGACCUUCUCUCGGACCCUCAGAGCGGAAUCGAGGCUCCCAACCUGGCCGCGAUUGUCCUUGAUGAGGCGGAUCGUAUGCUUGACGUCGGAUUCGAGAAGGAGCUACAGUCUAUCGUCGAUCAGCUGCCCGACCCUCGCACUUCUCAGCGCCAGACUCUGCUUUUCUCUGCCACCAUCCCCAAGAACGUCAUCGCUCUUGCCCGCGAAUGGGUCCGCCCCGACAACUUUGACUUCAUUCAGACCAUCUCCAAAGACGAUGUUCUCACCCACGAUAGAGUUGAUCAGCAUGUUGUUCACUGUCGAGGCUGGGCCAACGUCUUCCCUGCUAUGUACGAGCUCAUCGAUACGGAAAUCCAGAAGAGACUCGACAACCCGGAAUUGAUGCCCUUCAAGGCCCUUGUGUUCCUGCCUACGUCAGCCUUGGUUGAUCUUGUGGGCGACAUCGAUGUCACUAUGAGAACGGAUCGCGAUCGCGUCCAGGGCUGGAGAAUCCACUCCAAGCUCACUCAAGGCCAGCGUACGAGGUCUGCAGAGUUGUUCCGCAACGCCAAGUCUGGCAUUCUGUUCUCUACCGACGUCACUGCCAGAGGUCUUGAUUUCCCCAACGUCACCCACGUUAUUCAGAUUGGCGCUACAUCGGAUCGUGAGCAGUACAUCCACAGACUCGGCCGUACGGCUCGUGCAGGCAAGGAGGGUGAGGGAUGGAUUAUUCUUGCUGAUAGCGAAAUGGACGCUGCCCGUCGGGAACUGCAGGGCCUUCCCUUGAAGCCAAACAAGGGGAUCGAGUGUGCCCAGUUCGACUUCACCAGCCAAGAGCAGCCCUCAGAGAUGUGUCAGAAGGUGACCGAGGCCACUUCUCGGAUUAGCAGCGACGUCCUGAACAUCGCUUACCUCUCGCUGUUUGGCCAGAACCGCGAUAAUGUUCAGGCCAAGGCUGACGAGCUCCGCGAGUGGUUCGUUGAUGCCAUGCGGCUCGACACUACGCCCUCCAUGAGUGCUUCCACCGCCGACAAGCGGGGUCUGCGUAGAAUCCGCGGCCUUAACAUUAGAGAAAACUCCAGAUUCUCCAGAGAUGGUGACCGGGACGGUGGUCGUGGCGGCUAUGGCGGCGACCGCAGUGGUGACCGUGGCAACCGUGGUGGCUUUAGCCGCCGCGAGCCCCGCGAUGCUUUUGAGAAGAUGGAGUUUGACGGCUCUAGUUCUGACCGCCGCCAGGGUGGUGGAUUCAGCCGUGGCGGACGGGACGGCGGACGAGGCUUCGGUGGAAGAGAUCGUCAGAGAUCCUCCUUCUAA